AAAGCCCCGAAUGCUGACUGGCGAUAUUCUGCAUCUUUGAGGGCAGGGGUGCAGAGUUCGGUCCACAUGGAGGAAUCUUCUGUGAUGCAGGGAGCACAGGGAAUGCUGGUCCAGAACUGGCCCACUGUGUCCAGCGCUGCAGAUGGAGAGGGUGGUGGAGAGCUAUCACCCCCAGUGGGCGCUGGAGUCAACAGCAACAGCUGGCACUUCAGAUACGGUGCCGGACAAGGCUACGGCCCCCCUCAACCCCUGAAGCCCGGAGAGAUUCCUCCUGAAGCCUUCAUCAUCCCCGGAUCCCCAGCCAUCAUUUCUAUUCGCCAUGACGCUGGCCCUGUGGACGACAAAGGUGACUUCAUAAGCUUUGGCAAGAAGGAGGAGGCCAAGAAGAAGAAGAAGAAGAAGAAGGACAAGAAGGACAAGAAGGAGAAAGGAAAGGAUGAUGGGGAAGAAUAAAGCAGAAGGGGUGACUUGAAAACAGAGCUACCAACAAUUUACCAUCCAAAUUACAGAGCCAGAAAAAAAGCCAAAUGCAUAUUGUAGAACUGAGGGAGCCUGGUUGCACCAUAUUUGCAUAGACAUUGUACAGUGGCCAAACCCUCAUUAGACCAAGCCUGGCUCCCCACAUAAUGCAAACCUCAUUUGGCCCAUAACUUUGGCCUAUUAAAGUCUAAGGUUUAUGGUAAACAAAUGUUCUUAGUAGACAGACUUCAUCUAAAGGCUGGACCAAAUUAUAACAAAGGAUUUUAUUGGAUUAGAUUAGCCUUUCUGUGUUUGUAUACUAAAAACAAAAACACCUGAAAAGGUGUACUAUCUGUAUCUGACCAUUGUCAGCUGAGGCUGCCUGUGUUGGCAUCUCUGUCUUUAUGCAGCCCCCCUCCCUUUUUGGCUCACCUAGUUGGAGGUGAAGCAGAAGCCAAACUAAAAAAAUUAAACAGAGGCUUUUGUUUUCAGUAUUAUGGAGGCCUUGUAGAAAUUCAGAAAAUGUGGUCUUUUAUAUAAAAAAAUGAAAAAUGAAAAAGUAACAACAUACAGUAUAUGUACCAUGAGAUUAUCACCUUUACGAAAAUGAGGUGACUGAGACAAGCAGGACCACGCUCUAAUAAAUAGCUCUGUUUCAGUGUAACAUAGCACAUUGCAGAGGCUGAGGACCUGGACUGGGUUGCACCAACUAUGCGCAAGUUUGUUCCCAGAUUAGGGUGUAAAGUAAUGGCUUCAUAACUGCUAGUUAAUUUGCAAUUUGCAAGUUACUAAAUUUGAUUGUACCAUGAGUAGUAAGGGGGGGAAUUCUACAGCUGUAGCUUAUUAAAAUAUUAAGAUUUCAGAUGAGUAGCCAAUCAGUAAUAGCAUUACUUUGCUGAUGGGUACAAACCACAUGGAUUUGUAGUUGACUAGAUUGGCAUAAAAAUUACGAUUGGUAAAUAGAAUCCAUAUUUGACUUAAAGGACAGUACUAGUUUUGGCAUGUUGUAGGCUAUUUUACAUAUAUCUUGUAUACUUUACGUCAAGAGACCAUUGUGGGUUUUUUCCCACCUUUCAGGCAGCCAUUGUUUUUACACAAAAAUUGAUUAGCUUACACUUUUUCGGAUUUAGAAAUUCAUCAAAGCGGAGUUCAGCGUCCGUUUAAUUGUUGUAUAAGUUGCGGUUUCAUUACAUGGUAAUGAAGCUGAAGUGCACAUUGGGAAACUGCACUGCAUUGGCACAAUAACUUAAUAUUGGUGAAACUAAACACAGGCAUGAUGGAUUACGUAUGUCAAGCAAUUCUCACCAUGUUGAGUUUUCACGUUGGAAUUGGAAUUGAAUGGGAACCGGAUUCAGCCUGAAAAAGAAAAAUAUAUAAAAUCUACAGGAAAAUUGUAAUCAAUAUUUUCCAAUUUGUAGAAAAUGGGGGAAAACAUCCAAAAUUGUUAAGUCCUUUAAGUUGCAAAAUGGCAUGAAUUUACUAAAUAAGAAAAAAAAAAAAACACUGUGCAAAAAAUGAAAAAAAAAUCCUGCUUUAUUGUUAGUGAGUGCAAUUGUGUGACUUCGUAUCAUUUGCACCUGCUUUACUGCUUGCUUAACUAUUUAGUUGUUACUUAACAGAUUUUUGUGGUGCUACCGCUUGUGUUUUAGCAAAGCGUGAAUCGGGAUAAUUGGCUACUUCUGAUAACUAAGUAACUAGGGAACCUAUGUGCAGCUGACGCAACCGGCCCCUGAUCUUGCCUCUUCUCUUGGAAUACGGCAUAGGUCAAUGGGGUCUAAAUCCCACUGUGUAUCAGCACGAGCCUGAUGCACACAUUAUUGUACACAGACACUGACUCUCUAUGCCUCUUACUCACACAUACACCUAAGAAAGUACACAUGCUCUCUCUUCCUCUCUUAUACACACAGACAUACAGUAUAUACAAAUACACAUCAUACAAAAAUAUACUAUAAGAAUACACACCCCUUUCAGAAAACUCCAAGACUGAAGGCCAGUGCCAUCCUUAAUAUGUGAGUGUAUUAUAUGGCUGGGACGCAGGAACGUUGCUUGUUGCUUCAUUUCUGUUCAAGCCUGAUCCCUCUACUUCUGUCUUUGAAUGUUAAGUAGAUGUUCUUCAAGCCCUGCACCACUGCCUCGACUGUUUCAGUGCUUGUAGGAUUUGCUUGCUUCCGCUGCCUGUUUCCUCCCUCUACUCCCGUUUCUUCAAAUCAGCGUGGUUGGAUGACAUCUUUCAAGUCACCCUCCUUCAAUGAACUGUGCUGUCGUAACACAGUGACAUUUGUGUAUUUGCAUAUUUACACACGGAAUACACACAUAGUCACAUGCACAUUAUACUGCACAUACCACACAAACACACACACACACACAUCUUUUGUUAGGUUCAACUUCAACCUAGCUCAUGCACUUCAGCCAGAGUGUCUCUCCUGAUUGCUCAUUGUUGACAGCUCUGUCAUCUCGCAUAUUGGUUCUACGCAUUGCGUUAUAAGAACAUCUGACAGGUUAGCAAAAACUGAGAUUAAACUGUACUGGCUAUAAUGAGACAAGAUGGAGAGGCAAAAGAAGAAGAAAUAGAAAAUUGUAGUGUAUUGUGUAGCUCCAACAUAGAAGAAACUACAGCAGAGAUGAGCAAGGCAUUCCGCUUUUGCAGUUAUUCCUUUGUGUCAGCUAUUAGUGACAAUUGAUGAACUUGGGUCGAGUAAAACCACUUAAAAAUAAGUGUAGCGCGGUUCAGCAGCAGUGGACAGAGGUUGCCAGUUGACUUGGAAGGGGGAAACCCACUUAGGGAUUAAUGGAGGUGAAGCACACUGCUGACAUUUUCUAUUGUGCACCCAUCAUGAUGGAACAAGGGAAGACGAUACCAGCAAGCAAAGAUCAAUACAAGUCACAAGAGUGAUGCUGUUGCAGUGGGUCAAGUCUGAACUGCGUGAAAUGAUCAGCUUCAUUACAGACAUUCUAGCAGGUCUAGCAGGGUAGAGAAAGAGUACUGGGAGCAGUAGAUAUUAGAACAGCAUCAACAUGAUGAAAGCCUCGCCUCAUUGUUCCUUUUUUUAUACCAUUAUCUUACCAGUCACAGUAGGGGUAUAUAGGUGCUACUAUCAGGCUCAAUCCCUCCCAUGCACACGAUUCCUUCCCCUGCCCCGUCCUUAAGGUGUACUUCUGUGCUGUCAGAUCACCAAGUGGCUGUUUGCAUGUUAUAAGCAAAGGAAACAGAUACUAUAGAUACUAUAUAUAUAUAUAAAGAUAUAUAUAUAGAAAUGUUUUUCCACUGGGAAAUGCGUAUUGGAAUACAUGUACUUCUGAUACAUAUUCUCAAAGACAAUACACACACACUGACAGACCCUCGCUAAUCCACACACACGUACAUAUACACUAUUGCGAACAGUAAUUUGUGGAAAAACCUAAAAGAAUCACAUUUUUUAUCCUGUUGAAAAUGAAUUUAAUCUUCUAGAUAUACAUAAUGCUAUUGUGUUAUGCUAUGAAAUGCUUUUAUUUUCUGGUUUUACCCUCAUGAUUUCCAUAGAUAAGAAAAUCAAUCCUUAAAGUUGUGUUGAUCUUUGAAAUGAUGAUCAAACAAACACUAUUGUGGAAUCAAAUCAUUUACUCACCCUCCAUAUGUAUCCCUUGCCCGGUAGAGAAAUAAAGAAAAAGGAUAAAAAAAAAUCUAAAUACAUAAAAUGGUAUUAAAAAAAA